UACCCACACAGUAAGUCAUUCCAUCGAUCCUUAGUUUUAAGUAAAGCAAACAAUGGCAGCAAGGUCCCCCUUUCUCAUAUCUCUUGCACUAGUACUAGUUUUAAUCAGCAAUUGUUCUUUGAUAACUGCAUAUAGUGGCACCGCAACCUUUUACAGUAGCUACGGUAAUUCAUAUUGCUAUGGGAACAAAAAUCAGGGUGUGAUGAUUGCGGCAGCCAGUGAUGCAUUGGGGAACAAAGACGCUGCUUGUGGACAUAUCUACAAUGUUACCUGUGUGGGUCCCACUAAUGCGGUCCCACAUCCUUGUACGAGUACACCCACAGUGACGGUGAAAAUCGUCGACUAUUGUCCUGGAUGCGGAGGAACCAUCGACUUAUCUAAAGAAGCAUUUGCCAAGAUUGCUAAUCCUGUAGCUGGUGUCAUCAAGAUCGAAUACAAUAGGAUAAAAUAAACAAAGAAGACUGGGAAGUACGGGUUAUGCACAGUGCUGGUGCUUUAGAGAAUGUUUUACAGAGAAAUAAAUGGUCGAGUGGCCUGUAAUAGGCAUUUAUGUCAGCCACGAUUGGCAGUAAUGUAUACUACUUUCAAUACGACACCAUUGGCAAUAAUAAAAUGAGCAAAAAUAUUUUCAGCUACUGCAUCUUUUCAUCUGAGAAAAAUCGAUAGAAACAUGCAUGGA